AGAGUAGCACUUCCGCGUAGCCCCGACUUCCUCAAAGGGAGUGACACCCAAGUGCUGUCCAACUCAGCGAACUACCCCACUUUAUUUCUUUACGGGGCGUUUGGUUUGCUUUUGACUUUUACCCGCGCCAAUGUCCAAGCCUCCCCCCAAACCGGCCAAGCCAGGUCAAGUCAAGGUGUUCCGAGCCGAGUUCACCUUUGAGCCCAGAACGCCUGAUGAGCUUUACUUUGAAGAAGGAGACAUCCUCUACAUCUCUGACACGAGUGACAGUAACUGGUGGAAAGGAACAUGCCGGGGGAGGACGGGCCUUAUUCCGCGCAACUACAUGACGGAGGAGGCCGAGUCUAUCGACCACCCAAUGCACGAAGCGGCCAAACGAGGAAAUCUUUCUUGGAUGAGGGAAUGUCUGGAGAACCGAGUGGGAAUCAAUGGCCUGGACAAGGCUGGCAACACUGCCCUCUACUGGGGAUGUCACGGGGGACACAAAGAUGUAGUGGAGCUUCUGCUCAGCCAGUCCAGUGUGGAACUCAACCAGCAGAAUAAGCUUGGGGACACUGCUCUGCACGCUGCCGCGUGGAAGGGUUAUUCUGACAUUGUGGAUAUGUUGCUGAACAAGGAUGCGCGGACAGACAUUCGGAAUAAUGAGAACAAGUUGGCCCUGGAGAUGGCCACCAAUGCGCAGUGUGCCUCGUUGCUCAAGAAGAAGCUGGCCAGCACUAUCACCCGCUCGCACAGCAACGCCGAGGAGUAUUUGGAUGAUGACGACUCGGACUGAGGGCGAGGAGCGUGCAGAAGUGUGAUCAGCGACUUUAAAAAAAAAAAAAUAUAUAUAUAUAUAUAUACACACACAUAUAUAAAAAGGACCUUGGGGUCCCCCACCCCCCCCAUCGGCAUGGUUGGUACUGUAACUCUGAAUCAAGCCCUCAACAUCAUAGCCGUGCAAUUUGAAACUUGCAGAUGAGAAAUUGUCUCUAGUGUGGUUGCUCAAAAGGGAUCAAAAACGCAGAAACCCAUUGAUUCCAUACAACUGCUAAUGAUUUGUGUUUAUGCGCACAGAUUAUCCUUGUUUGCUCCUUAGUCAAAUUAAGAAGUGUCAUUCUACAUAUUCCUAGUAUCUAAAAUAAGCGUAUCAGAACCAAAAGGACUAAUUUUUUUUUUUUUUAACAAAUUACAAUAGGAUCAGUCACUUUUUUGGGUAUUUGAGUGCCAAUUUAAGAAAGAAUGAUACAUAGAUUUAAAAUACUCUUGAAUUCCAUCACGGGGAGCAAAGCAUUGCAAAUGUUUGAGGAAAAAACAAAGUGCCUUUUGCAUGUGGAACAGACUGUCUUGAUGGUGGCUGUGAAUUGUCUUUUCUAACAAAACACAAACUUUAUUUCUACCUGCUUCUUCUAUCUGCUAUUAAAAUGGUUUAACUUGAA